UGAACGCUAUUUGCCUCUUAAUAAUUCGUUUUCCGAGUUAGGUAGGAGGGAAUACCGAAGCUCACGUAAUACUGUGCCCCAUGGGUUACGCACAGGUCACACCUUGUCAUCUCAUAUAACACGAACAACCGCCGGUGCGUAUCACUGGAGCUUGCCGUAUGCCGAGGUGCUGCUAGUCUGAAGACAGUCACCGCCUCUGUCCGAUACGGAAUGGCCAACUCUGUGUUGUAACAGGGGAAAGCAAGGAACGCAACAAUGGCUCCGGGACGGCCACGCGCACACCUUCGAAGACACCCAAGCAAUACACGACAAGCAACCCGAUCAACAUCGACCGGAAUCCCCUCAUAUCUCUUCGAGUCAUAUGAGCGUCUCUUCAACGAUGCCCAACCACGGCCACUACUGAUCGAUGCUGCCACCAGUCGCACGUUCACAUAUGAGCUUCUGCGCUCGCACUGUGUCUGGCUGGCUACUGCCCUGCACACGCACUUAUAUCUGGGCCGCGAGCAGCUGGUCGGUGUUUUGGCUCCAUCAGGUAUUGAUUUGCCUGUAAUUGCACUGGCCACCUGGAUGGCCGGCGGUACUCUGAUGCCACUGGUGCCCGAGGCCACUGCAGCAGAGCUAGCAGUUAUUGUGGACCAGGCACGCAGCAUGCCGCACACGUUUUUUGUUACUGGAAGUCUGGCAGGCAAAAUCGUCCAACUAGUCGCUGAACAGUCUGUUGCCCUGCCUAAUAUUGUCAUUAUUGAUGAUACACCGGUGGAGGACUUGGGUGGGGCGCCAUGCUUUGGUCUGCAAGAGCUGUAUCGGGUUGGGCAAGAGCUACCUCCAGUGAGUUGGGAGCAGUGGGACCGGCAGCGCGGCGUGCGUGAUCGGUCAGCGAUAAUGUACUUCCAGUACCAUGUGUUGGAUGACGGGGAUGUUGAUGUGACAGCAGCGCCGGUUGACCACGGCUCGGUUAUCAACCUGUAUAUGGCGAACCGUCCACCUACAUUGCGGGCUGCCAGCCCUGCAUACUCUGUCCUGCGCAUGCACAGCGCAUUCCGCACGCACAUUCCACUGUUCGAUAUCCUCUGCAGCGGAGCGCAGUAUGUGGUUGCGCGUACCUUUGACCCAGGCCUGUUUUCCCAGUCCGUUGCGCAGCAUCGCCUACUGAAUGCCGAGCUCACGUACAAUGAGAUCGCUGUUCUGCUCCAGUAUAUCGCCAUCGCGACGGAUCGCUCAGCUGCAGUAGGCUUACUGGCUCCGCUCAGGGCUCUGUUCACAGAAUCGGAUCGGGCUCAAGCGGAUCUGACACCGGGACUUGCAUUUUUACUGCCGGAUAUCCGCAUUAUCCGCACGCGCUUUGGGUCAUACCUUGGCCCCUUUGUACAGAACCCACUAGGUUGAACUCUACAAGCGCAUAUUCCUUUUACUCGCCCAUUUUCCAUCAUCACCUUUUCCUGCGUUUCCUUUCAUUCUGCAACUUUCUUACAUCACUAAUAUCUUUUACCUAUAUAUAAGAUUUUAUAGUCUAAAAAGUGUCCGACCGUCC